AUGGCCACUGCUGAAUGGAACGAGAACUACCCGGACGCCCAUCUUAAGCAUCUGACAGCGGCAACUUUUGAUCAUUGUCCUAUCUUACUGAAUUUCAAUGGAACCCGUCCCCCAGACCAGAAGAAAACUUUCAAGUACGAAGUAAUGUGGGAGACCCAUGAAACAUGGAAUACUUUCGGCUCUGUGAGGAAAGAAAUAAAGAGUUUGAAGCAUGAAUUGGACCAUUUACGUAGUGAUCCAGCCAGGUCUGCACCAUCCCAUGUUGAACUCAAAAUCAAUGAGAAACUUAUUGAGCUUUACCAUAGGGAAGAGUUGAUGUGGAGGCAACUAUCAAGGCUGGAGUGGCUCUCGGCUGGGGAUAAAAAUACCCGGUUCUUCCAUCUGCGAGCAAGCCAGAGACGGAAGAGGAAUAUGAUCAAGGCACUGGCUGAUUCGUUGGGAGUGUUGACGGAGGAACCAGGUGCUUUAAGAGCUCUUGUGACAGAUUUUUACAAAAGCUUAUAUACGUCAGAAGGAGUGUCAGGGAUUGAAGAAGUAUUAUCAAAGGUACCAACCAAAGUAACUGAGGAGACGAAUGCCAUGUUACUUGCACCGUACACAAAGGAUGAGAGAAGCAAAGCCAAAUCAAACAGCUACUGCGCCCUAAAGCUUGACAUGAUGAAAGCUUAUGACCGUUUGGAGUGGCCUUAUCUCAAGGCCAUGAUGGAGAAGUUGGGUUUUGCACAAUCAUGGAUACAGGUAGUAAUGAAUAUGGUGCAGUCAGUCAAGUUUUCAGUUCUUUUUAAUGGUGAGAAAUUAGAACAAUUUGUACCCACUCGAGACGGCAGCCUACUGCUUUUUAAGUCAAGAGUUGAGGGGGCCGUGACGGUGUCAAACCUGUUGGAGACUUACUGCAAAGCUUCGGGGCAACAGAUAAAUAAUGAAAAGUCAUCCAUCUUUUUCAGCAAGGGGUGUUCUCAAGUGACGAGGGAUAACAUAAAACAAAGUUUGAACGUGCACAAUGAGUCUUUGAGUGAUAGGUACCUUGGUAUGCCUACUGAUGUGGGUCAAUCAAAAAUGGGCACGUUCAAAUACUUGAGAGACAGAGUAUGGGAGAAAGUUAGAGGGUGGAUGGAGAAACUAUUGUCUGCAGCAGGCAAGGAGGCAAUUCUGGUGGGGGAGCAAGCAAGGAAGGAGGAAGCCAGCAUGGGUAGCAUGGGACGUCAUGACUCAACCGAAAUACAUGGGAGAGUUAUUGAUGAUUUUUGGGCUUGGGAGGCCGAGAGAAGCGGGAGAUUUACAGUAAGAUCAGCCUACCAGAUGGUCAUGAACAAGAAAUAUCAUAGAGAGAAUUGGAUAGAUGAAAACGCAGGAGCAUCAGAUUUGAGUGCAAGUGGCAAAGCAUGGAAGGAUCUUUGGCACACUAAAGUCCCAGCAAAACUGAGGGUUUUCCUAUGGAGACUUGCGCAACAUUCCAUGCCAUCCAUGGAUGUCCUGCAUCAUCGCCACAUGUCGACCACUCACCUCUGCGCGCUUUGCGGCUGUGCUGAUUCGUGGAGGCAUGCUCUCUUCGAUUGCACCAUGUCACGUUGUAUCUGGUCUCUGUCAGAGGCUUCUUUGGUUGAACAAGUGAGCAUGAACACUGAUACAAAUGCCCGGAAUUGGCUCUUUGCAAUGCAUGAUCACCUGCCACAGAAGGAGUUUGUUGUUUUGGCUGUAACUCUAUGGUCGGUAUGGAAGGCGAGACGUAAGGCAAUAUAUGAAGGUAUUUUUCAAAGUCCUGACUCAACACAUCAGUUCAUUCAAGCCUAUCUGAGGGAUCUUGAUACACUUGAGGAGACAGGAAGUAAACCACCAGAGCGGCGACAAUGUAGACCCACCCAUUGGAUCAACCCUCCUGACGCAAUGUUCAAGUUCAAUGUAGAUGCUGCAGUACCACAGAGCCAGAGGCGCGGUAUAGCUGUAGCUAUAUGUCGUGAUCAUGAUGGGAUUUUUCAGGGUGCAUCAGCGUUAGUGGUGAAAGGAGUUUAUGAUCCUCCGACUGUUGAGGCUCUUGCUAUUCGUGAAGCGUUGGCACUUGCUGCAGACCUUAACAUACAGAGUGCACAUGUAGCUUCGGAUUGCAGGACGGUGGUAGAUGAUAUCAAGCAAAGGAACCCGACAAGCUAUGGGGCGAUCCUGCAUGAAAUAAUAGAUCAGAGCUCUUCUUUUAGUAGAUGUAGCUUUGUGCAUGAGUUUAGGAGCUUGAAUUUCGAGACUCACAAUCUAGCGAAGCAUAGUUUAAAAUUAGGGAUGAGCCGCCAUGUUUGGUUAGGUCACCCUGGUGAUCUUUCUUGUGUACCUCUGAACAUUGAUUUGGUUUAA